CAUAAUUACAAAAGCAGCUUCUAGUUAAACAAGCCACCUUUACUGACAAAGAACAGUAACCAUGGGUCCGAAUUUAUAUUUUGUUUUAGUUUUAGCAAUUUUUGGACAUGCAAGUGCUUAUAUUAACAAGAAUGUGUACGAAUGUCUGAUUGACCAAAAUCUUACAGCCGUGGCGCAGCUCAUCAAGGAUGCAAAUUUGGUUUCAACACUUUCAAACGGAGGACCAUUCACAAUUAUGGCUCCGACAAAUAAUGCCGUUGCUAGCAUCGAUCCCACCACCAUGGUUUCCGUGACACGAAGUCCGGUCCUUCUGAAACAGAUUGUACGGUACCAUAUUAUCGAUAAAUAUGAGGUUAUACCAUCUUUGAUAAGUGCUGGACAGGUCGACACUUCAGAAGGACAGCCUAUUACAGUAACUAGCGGACCAACUGGCAUCCUAUUAAACAACGCCUCGAUGCUACUAGCAGGGUCAAACAGUGAUAUUGUCUGUAACAACGGCAUUAUCCACGUCAUCGAUACUGUACUCGUGCCACCUGUAUUCAGCACAGACAAUCUAGCAGCUGUUCUUAUCGAGAGGGAUGAUAAAUUUAAAGACUUUUUUCUGUAUGUUCUCCUCAGCAACAUGACCCACCUGAUCGAAUCUGGAGAGUACACAAUAUUUGCUCCAACUGAUUUAGCGUUCGGAAGAUAUUCCCAUCUGAGCGACAUUCACCGAGAUACUCCAAAUGCCGCGUCCAUCUACAUGGAGGUACUUAAGUACCACAUGGUCCCUGGUGCCAGGACAAGCCAUCAACUUAAAGACGGACAGACGCUUUUUACUCUGCAUGGAUCACCUAUACAUAUAUCUUUGAGUAGCAACGGCGUAAAGGUAGACGAGGCAAUGGUGGUUGAGGCAGACAUUCCAGCCGCUAACGGUGUGAUCCAUGCUGUUGACCACGUUCUUUUUCCAGCUGAUCUACUCGCUAAGCUUGUACAGGGAUAAUUAGGUUUCUAAUAAAAGUUUACAUAUCAUA